GAAUAACGGUUUUUGUCACUAAAGCAGUUGAGACAUGGUGGGUUUUUUUUUUUUUUUUUUUGGUCUCUCUUCUUCUUUCAAACUCAAAUGAUUUUUUAUCGGCAUUGACGAUUGAAGAUAAGAUGAUCUUACAAGGGAUCCGAAUUGAAGAUUCGAAGUAGUUUUCUGCAAAUUUUAGGACCAGAAAUCGCCAGAUAUCCCUGGUUCUUCUAAAUAGUCCAGGUUUUGGUUCCAGAUGGAUUCAUUGUCUGCAAUCAGCGGGGAUCUGGGAGAGGUUGAAGGCCAAAUCAAGGAUAUCUUCCGAGCUUUGUCGAAUGGAUUCCAAAAAUUGGAGAAGAUUAAAGACCCAAAUCGGCAGAGCAGACAGUUGGAAGAACUUACAAAUAAAAUGCGUGAAUGCAAGAGGAUUAUUAAAGAGUUUGAUAGAGAAGUCAAGGAAAUGGAGAGCCGAAACACUCCAGAGAUGAAUAGGAUGCUCAACGAGAAAAAACAGUCAAUGGUUAAAGAACUGAACUCUUAUGUUUCUCUGAAGAAGCAAUAUGCUAGCAAGCUUGAAAACAAACGUGCAGACCUUUUCGAAGGGCCUCAAGGUGGAGGCAGUAUUGGCGAAGAGAACAUUUUGCUGGCUUCUUCUAUGACCAAUGAACAGUUAACCAAUACUGGAAAUCAGAUGAUGGACGAGACAGAUCAGGCAAUUGAGCGUUCUAAAAAGGUUGUUCAAGAGACUGCCAAUGUUGGUGCAGAAACUGCAGCUGCUCUCAAGGCUCAGACAGAACAAAUGGGUAGGAUCGUUAAUGAUUUGGACUCUAUCCAUUUUUCAACAAAGAAAGCUUCAAAAUUGGUUAAGGAACUUGGUAGACAGGUUGCUACAGAUCGCUGUAUUGUGACCUUACUCUUCAUUAUUGUUCUUGGAGUUGUAGCAAUCAUCAUUGUAAAGAUUGUGGACCCAAAAAACAAAGAUAUCAGGGAUGUUCCUGGGCUUGCUCCUCCUGCAACUCGAAGACUUCUUUGGAAUUAGAGGCAACAGAGAGCAUUCAUAUUCUUCCAAG